CACACGUCAAGUCAAUGUAAAAGGUUAGAAAAUUGGCGCUAUUUUCAGUUUUUAAUGUGUACUUGUUAUGUUUUGUCUAUAAUAUUCAAGAAAUGAAAAAUUAAUUUAAUUUAGUUCCUAUACAGUUCUCUGCGAUACAAAAUGGAAUAUGAAAAAUACGUGAAUGACUCCAGGAUACCCUGCAAAUAUGGUUCUAAGUGUUAUCAAAAAAAUCCAUUGCAUCAUGAAAAAUACAAGCACCCUCCUCAAAAAGCAAAUCCUAGAAAGGAUAGGCAACAUACACAGCCUAGGAAGAAAAGAAAGGUGGAAGAAACAAACACUAAGGAACAAAGCAACAAAAAGGAUUUGCCAGUUGAAGAUGAUGCAGAUACAAGCACUGAAACGGUUGAUAAUUGCAUUUCCGGAAGCGAGUCAUCUGAAAGCAACGAAGAUACAGUUUGUUCGGAUCAAAUGUCUGAUGCUACUUCCACUGAAAGUAUAUCUGACAAUAAUACGGAAUCAAAAGAUACUAGAGUAUCGCCACAUGAAAAACCUGAUUUGAAAUGGCAGGGAAUAAAAACAAAUACAGAUGCUAAGGAAGAUGAACAAACAGGAAAAUACAAAAAAUUCAUUAAGGAAAAGUUUUUUAUUGAACUGCCUCAAGACUUUUAUGCCUUUUGGGAAUUUUGUAAGAAAUUAAACUCUAAAAACCCACUAGAUGCCUUGAAUGGUAUACAUUUAAAACUUGUUGGUCCCUUCGAUGCACUGGCAGGAAAAUUUGAUAACAUUAAAAAGUCUGAUGAUGAUUAUUUGAUUCAUUGGAGGUAUUUUAGAGAUCCUCCUGAAUUUUUAACAAUAUUGAAAGGAAAUGAUAAAACAGGACAUCACAUGGGAUAUUUUCGUGAUUCAUCUGAUGAAGUUCCAGUCGUUUUGGCUAGUAAUGAGUCAGAAAAAGAUGGUGUAUUCACAAUAAUGGGCGGUAAUAUUUUUGCAGCUGUAAGGAAAACUUACGUAUUAUUGCCUGACCUAUACGUUCUGCAAAGUCCCGACUUUGAGUACACCCUGUAUUGCUCAGUGAGAGGAUCGCUCAAAUGUAAAAUAUUUUACAUAGAAAACUUGAAGAAGAUUGCAGAUCCAUUUAUGAAAAUGAAUAUUCCAAAGAUCGAAGCACAAAUAAAUAAAGAAGCAGAAAAACUGUCAUUAGACAUGAGCAAAAAAACUAAAGCUAUUGCUGCUAGAGAAAGAAAAAUUGUUUCCAGGACAAUGAAUAAGAUUGGACUUGUGGUACCAUAUGAUAAAAAAACUCAGUUGGGAUACAGAGAGCUAGCAAUGAACAACAAAGAGCUGAAAAAUGUUUUGGACAAACUUCAAGACUGUCUUCCUGAACAAAGAGAAAAAUACCUGUCUGAUUUACAGCCAGUCUUAACAUAUGCCAGCAUCGCAGCUGAUGAAUGUGAUUUUGGAACAGGUAUCGAACUUGGGUGGAACCUCAUCUGCCAUGGUAUAGACAGCCUGAAUUCCACUGCACUGCAGUACUUAACCUCAAAUUACAGGCUGUUAAAUAGAGAAGCAUUUGCCAAAAUUGCAGAGGCACAUAUGAAAAAUAGGAGAAAGGGAUGUAAAUUGAGUGUGCUGUGAUUUUGCAUGAUGCUUUUAUUAAAACUUCUAAAAUUUUAAUUCUGAUUAUUGGAAACCAUAUAACACCCUGCUGAUUAUGGAUCAAAUUGGUUCAACCAUUGUAAUAUUUGGCUGUUGGACAUGGAUAGCUGAGAAUGUAAAACAUUUGAAUUUUGUUUGCAAUUCAACUAUUUUUUUAUUGAAGCAGUCGCGAAAGUAAAAACUUAUGUGAUCCGCCUUCAGUACAAGUUUGAACUCACUUAGUUGUCUGUAGCAUUUUUUUUAAACAGUUUUUUCGGUAGUAUUCUAAAAAUGAGUGACACCAAUUUAAAGCUUUGGGCUUGGGCACAGUGCAAUGGAAACUAUUGCUAAACAGGCUUAACGAGAUAGUGUUUUGUCAAGAGACCAGGUUUUUCGGUGGUUGAAUGCAUUUUCAGAAGAGAGAGAGUCGAUUUAAGAUGAACCACGCAGCGCAAGGCCUUCAUCUACAAGAACCGAUAAAAAUAUCGACAGAAUCCGGGAUGUACGUUCAGAUCGUCAGUUGACAAUUAGAAUGAUCGGGGGAAAAGUUAAAUU